GGCCAACCAGUGUUUAUAACCAGUGCAAUCCUUUUUCAUGUGUCCUACUCUUUUGUAAAACUCUUUUGUAAAAGUAGCACUUAAACCUGAAUGACAUGUUUUCUUUAGGUAUUACAGAUGUUCAACCCUUAAUGAUGGUUUUGGCAGGCUUUAGCUUGUUAUAAGCAUUCUUCUUCUUAGGUUUCUCAAUGAAGUUUAUGGUGAAAGCAGACCCUCUCUCUUUCUUAAUCUUGUCUUCUUCAUCAAAACAAAUGACUAUGAGUUCAUCUAGGUCCAGUUUUAUUUCUGAGCAUUGUAACUAGUUCUCAGCUGACUAUGACUAUUGGGCAGGGAUUGCAGUGCUUGAUGUACUACUUGUUCAUCCCUUACCCCCAUCAUAGCACAAUACAACCUACCUCGUAACCAUAAAUAUCACUAAAUAUCAUACUUUUCACUACUAGAAUAAUGUCAUUAGACAUCACCACUAUUAAAUCGGUCAGGAUUGCACCUGAUGUUAAAAAUCAUGUUAACAUCAGUUUGUGAAGAAACCGAUUUCUAUUAUUAUUAUGGACAUCAGUCACCAAAGAAACCGAUGAGAAAAGUUUCGUACGAAAAAUUUACAAAAACGCGGAGGGACUAAGUUGAAAAAUUUGAGAAACGCGGGACUUAAAAUUUCAUUCCCCCCACACUUAGUCACUUUAUCUAAAAACUUUCGAACCUUAAUCGAUAGACUCUCACUCUGAGUCUCUUAAUUUUCAAACCUGAGCUCGUUCUCUGCGUUCAGCACUUUCUCUCUCGCUCUUCUCUGAAACCCUAGCGCUCUCCUCCCUCUCCUGCUCUCUUUCCACGGCUACUGUCUCUCCCUCAUUGAACUACUGCCUCCGUCCCCUCACAGGCGCCAUCACCUCUGCCGGUGCUUCUCUUCCAACGCCACCACGUCGUUGCUCAGAGAUCCGAACCCCAACUGGUCCAACCUGCCUCCAAGGAGUUUAUCCUUCUCGAUUGGUGCGACUUCGAGCACCAAAUGCCAGCGACGGAGGAACCGAACACAACCGCAAUUAUGACGGUGCAACCAGCAUCAAGUACUCACUCAUACACACUUUGUUCUUUGUUUCUGGGUUUGCAGAUUCCCGGUUCUUCCUGCUCUCUCUCCGUCUCUUCUGAUUUUUAUUUCUUUUCAGAGUCUCUGAAAGAUUUUGUUCAAGAUCUAAGAAUUCACUUGUUUGUGAUGGUUAGUGAUUUUAAUAUUGUUCUUUGUUUGAUUUGAAUUGACUGGGUUUACUUAGGUCUCUUUGCUUUGGAGAAAUGGAGGCCACGAUGCCCAUUUGCAAGACUGUUACUCCAACUCCAGUGAGUGCCUAUAUUUUCUGAAGCUUAUUUUGAUUUGGAUCUGGGUUUUGAAUGUACAGUUAUGUUCGGAUUAGUUGGAAUUUGAUGUAUAUAUAGAAGUUCACUGGGAAAGCUUUCAUUUUGGUUGAUUAGAGCUUGUUUUUGAUUCGUGUAUUUGAAAUUUUUGAGCAGAAAGUUGGUUUCUAGGGUUCUUUAGUGAAGUGGAUUAGAAGUACCAAUUUUAAUUUGGUAUCUUUUCUUAUUUCUGUAUGUAUGGUGUGUUUCAGUUUAAGAUGUGGAUGAGGUUUCGGUGAUUGAAUCGUGUAUACUUAGCUUCAUUCAUUUUUAGUUUUUGUUUCAAUAUUUUGAACCACCCUUUUGAUGUGUGUGAAACACUGUUCUCAGAGAUAUUGUUUUGAGUGGUGAGUUUACAUUGAAUUAGGCUUGUUUGAUAACUGGAAAAAGAAGACAGAUUGAUUCUUAUUUGGGGGUUGAAAAACAAAAUGCAGUGAUUCAGUUGGUUGGAGUGAUCGAAUCCAAUUCCACACUCCCCUUGUGGGAGGAUCUGAUGAACUCAAAUUUCUUGCAUUUGGCAACAUGGGAAAGGCUCCUCGUGAUUCUUCUGUCGAGCAUUAUAUUCAGGUAUAUGAAUUGUGAUGCUUUUUUAGUACUGCAGAAAUUUAAACUCAAACAAUAGUAAUUGAGCAUCGUUCUAACUCACAGCACAACAUGUCGCGUUUAAUUUAGUAAAUCAACAUGGAUAAAAUUAGUAAAAUGAGGGGGAAAAAAGAAACUAACUAUACAGUACAUUGUUUUUCUUCUACGUACCUCGAAGGAAAAGAAAAGGCUGAUUUUAAUCUUGCGGCACGAAUAGCCAGGAUCCCUCUCAGUGAUUGAGGCCAUGACGGAUGAUAUAAAUUCCAGGAAUGUAGACUCUAUCUUCCACAUUGGAGAUAUAAGCUAUGCCACUGGGUUUUUAGUUGAAUGGGAUUUUUUCCUUCACCAAAUCAACCCUAUUUCUUCUCGAGUUUCAUACAUGACAGCUAUCGGGAACCAUGAGAGGUACGUGUGCUCAGAAGACAUGCUCUAGGAACUUAAUUUGAAGUUCUCUGAGAGGCUUCGAUACAAUUUUAUAGUAUAUCUAGCUAUCUUGGUGUACAUUGUUGGUACAUUAUCUAACAGCUCGUUUUUGGGAUCUAGUGGUUGUUUAACACGUACAAACAGACGACUUCAAGUAUAAUGUCAUAUUUUCUUGUUUACUUAAUUCUAUAUAUGCUUGCUUCUACACUUUUCAGGGAAUAUAUAGACUCUGGAUCAGUGUACAUUCUUGCAGAUUCAGGUGGGGAAGUUGGAGUUCCCUAUGAGACUUACUUUCCAAUGCCAACCCCAGCAAAGGAUAAACCAUGGUAUUCCAUAGAACAAGGAAGCGUCCACAUCACAAUGAUUUCAACAGAGCAUGACUGGACCAAAAAUUCUGAGCAGUAUCAAUGGAUGAAAAAGGACAUGGCUUCAGUUGAUCGAUCUAAAACUCCUUGGUUGAUAUUUAUGGGGCAUAGACCAAUGUAUACAUCUGCCCCUGGAUUCCUGAGUGUUGAUGAGAAAUUCAUUGACAAAGUUGAACCAUUACUUCUGGCAAGCAUAGUAACAUCCUAGACCUUCCCCUAGCUAGUUAAUGUUUUCUCUUUCAUUUCUCAAUGGAUUCCAUUUUCUUUUCUAAUCUGGUUUUCUAUUGGAUUCUCUAGGUUUAAACAUGGGAUUUUAAAUUUUUUUGCUGACAUGUACAUGCUAUUUGAAAUUUGAACUAGGUUGAUCUGGCGCUGUUUGGUCACGUCCAUAACUACGAGCGAACCUGCUCCAUUUAUAAGAGCCAAUGCAUGAAAUUGCCUUGCAAAGAUGAGGCUGGGAUCUACACAUAUGAUCACAGCAACUACAGUGCCCCAGUGCAAGCCAUAAUUGGAAUGGCUGGCUUUUCCUUGGACAAGUUUCCCAGUGGUGUAAGUCCUUCUUGACUCUGUCAUAUCUCUCUUCAAAUAUGUGCACUUAAUUGUACAAGCAUGUUCUUCAUUUUUCUUUACAUGGAAUUGGGACUUCAUUCAAACAGAUUAACAAUAGUUGGAGUUUAUCAAGGCAUUCUGAAUAUGGUUCUCUCAGAGCGCAUGCAACAAGGACAGAUAUCAAAUUAGAGGUGAGUAUGUAUGAAAACUUGAGAAUAGCACUUCAUACUGUAAGACACUUACGUAUGGACUCAAUGACAUUUAUCUAAGUGAUUGUGAUUAGUUCAGUGACUAGGUGAUUAAGUUAUAAGAGUUUGUGAUGAGUUCCACUUUUGUGUCGAUAUUGAGAUUAAUAUCUGAUCUUAUAUUGAUAAGUACUUGAUUAAUUAUUUGCUUAUCUACAUAGGCAAGUAAGAGAUAAAUACUGAUGAUGAUAUAGAGGAUCAGUCAUAGUAAAACAGAGUCUCUCUUAUGGGUAGAACUCUGUUGAUGACACCUCUAUAUAAAUGAGGUCCCUGUGAACUCUAAUACACAAGUCUUCAUCGUCUUGCCCCAUAGAGAGACUCUUGGACUUUAGAGCUUCGCAGAAGAUCUCGUUUGCACUAUCUCUAUUCCUGAUCCAUGGCUGCUCCAGGUACGUGACCAUUAACUCCAAUAUGUACAUGUUUCAUAACUACUACAAACAUUUGAACAUAACUGUAUCUAAACUAUUUGUUGGUGAUCUUGGAUGUUUGAAUAUAACUAUACAUGUAUCUGCAGUAAAGCUUGAUUGUGUUUAUAUUCUGUGUUUAAUCUUUCACAUACUUCAUAGCAUAUAUGUUAACUUCGAGUCUGCAAGAGUUUAAGAUCGAAUUUCAAUGCGUUGAUCCAAAAAAUUCUCUCACGUUUGUUUUGUUUGUUUCAGUUUGUGAAUGCAGACACAAGAAAAGUUGACGACAGCUUCCACAUUACAAAAGCAUAAGUUAGAUAAAUUGAAUUUAACUGUGGCUUCCACAGUUUUUUCUUUAGUACAAGGCAAGAUAUAUAUUGCUCCCUUUAGUUAGAUAUGUAUAUAUGUAAUUAAAUUUGUAAAAGUACGAGGAUGAAUUGAUCAUUGAUCAUUGAUUUUUGAAUUUUGCAGCUGUGUAGAUACUUUUCACGAAGAGAAGAGCAAACGUGAAAGAAGAAAAGAAAACAAAGUUUUGACAUGGAAUUGUUGGCUGUGGCAUAUUCGUCCCUUGUAGCCAAAAUGGAGGAGAUUAUAUAUAGGUUGGUCAUGCUGGAAUUUUCAGCCACACAGAAGUAUUCUCUUGCAUCUAAUUCAACUUACAAUGUGGAAGAGCCUGGUGAUCUGUAAGGCGGAAAUGGAGGAAUGUAUAGAUUUGAUAAUGGAAGAAUUAGAGAGAGUUUGUAAGAGUUAGUGAAAAAGUUUGUGAACCAGCUUUUAUGAUAUGUAAAACGAUAGCAUAUUCGGCAAACAUUAUAAGAUUGUGAUUACUACUCUUAUCGCCUAAA